GCUUGAGAUGAAACUCUGGGUUCAUUAAAGAGAAAAACUCAGUUCAUUUCCACAGAAAUGGGUGGGGCGUAGUCUCUUUGUGUCCGUCUUCUGUUGAAUUAGCUGUCUGAAAGUGUGCGUCUGACUUCUUUCCUUGUUUGCGCGUGUGUUUAGGUUUGUGUUUAGGUUUGUGUGUGUGUGUGUGUGGAUUCAGGGGUCACCAAUGAAACCGCUGGGGUUUGUUUUUUUUUUUUGUUUUUUUUUCCUUCUCUGCUUUAGUGGAGGAAUGUUGGCAUAAAGUUUGGCUGGGGGGAAGGCAUUGAGCGGCGUCUCAAGUGCUGGCAUUUCAACUGUAAUGAGUCUUGCCCUGUCGUGAGAGAAAUUUCUGGCUUCGAACUACCAACUUCAAAGCUGGGCUUUUGAAAGUAAGAAAAACUUUCAACAAGUCCUCACAUGAAACUCGUUCAAGACUCUAGAAAGUUAAGGUUUAGACAGCCGAGAAGCUUUGCUCUGUCCGGUCCUAUCGCCAUCUCCACUUCAGACGAAACAAACGAGCUGCUAAAAACGAGCCGCUCUCCUUUCAAGAGCAAAAAGAAACUGAAGCUAUGCAGAAGGGGGGAAAGAAAAGUUAAGGCUGUGCGUGCGUAUGACUGCGCGUCUGUGUAUGUGUGCCUGUUGGUGUGUGUGUGAGGGGUGUGUGAGUGUGUGUGUGCAUCUGUGUCUGUGUGGGAAUGAUUACAUCAGCUUGAGCUAGCUCUAUGAUUGGUUAGGGAAGUGUGGUUUGAUUCACUACCUAAAAGCCUGUGGCUGUAACCCUUUGUGAGGGGAACAGAGGCAAGUUGUCUGCCAAGCUGGAAACAGUGCCAUCUGCAUGCUCUGUCCUGCGCCAAAGCUAGACAGAGAGAGAAAGAGAAGGAGGGAGAUUGUGACAGGUAGGAUACGCUGAGCCACUGACAGGAAGAAGCAUCUGUGAAGCAUCGGAACUGCUUUUUUCCUUUUUUUUGGUCCUUUUUUCUCUCUUGUGGAGUUGUGGAGACAUUCGGGGAGCGGGUUCGUCUCUCAGUGUGUGGAGGAGGACACAGGCUGCUGGGGAAAAUGCCAUCGUGUUCUCCUGACUGUUGCCUGCUCAGGCCUGGGGAGAUCAUAAAAAUCUUCAGCGAGGACGGGAUGGGAAAGGUGGUGGAGAUCCCAGCCGACAUGACGGCACGAGACUUGUGCCAGUUUCUCGUCUAUAAAAACCAUUGUGUGGACGAUAACAGUUGGGCGCUUGUGGAGCAUCAUCCAGCCCUGGGACUCGAAAGAUGUUUAGAAGACCAUGAACUGGUUGUCCAAGUGCAGACAUCAAUGACCAGUGAAAGUAAAUUUCUCUUCAGGAAGAACUAUGCCAAAUAUGAAUUCUUUAAAAAUCCUUUGAACUUCUUCCCAGAGCAAAUGGUUGCUUGGUGUCAGGAGGCCAAUGGGACCAUCCCCCCAUGUCAGCUCCUGCAGAACUUCUUAAACUCCAGCAGUUGUCCUGAGAUCCAGGGAUAUUUGUAUGUGAAAGAGAUGGGCAGGAAAUCAUGGAAGAAACUGUAUGUGUUUUUAAGACGGUCAGGAUUGUACUUCUCAACAAAAGGAACAUCAAAGGAGCCCAGGCAUUUACAGCUACUAGCAGACCUGGAUGACAGCAAUGUCUUUACAGUAAUAACAGGGAGAAAGCUGCACAAUGCACCGACUGACUUUGAAUUCUGCAUAAAACCUAACAAAGUAAGGAAUGAAGUGAAAGAACUGAGGAUGUUGUGUGCAGAGGAUGAGCAGAGCAGAACAUGCUGGAUGACGGCCUUCAGACUCUUUAAGUAUGGAAUUUUACUCUAUCAAAAUUACAAGAUCCCCCAACAGCGAAAAACGUUGCUUUCACACUUCUCAGCGCCUGUGAGGAGUGUCUCAGAGAACUCUCUGGUUGCCAUGGAUUUCUCAGGGAGGAUAGGCAGAGUGAUUGACAAUCCUGUGGAGGCUCAGAGUGCUGCCAUGGAGGAGGGACAUGCCUGGAGAAAGAGAAGUCAGCGUAUGAAUAUCCUAGGAAGUCCCAGCCCACUACACCCCUCAUCAUUAAGUGGAGUUAUCCACAGAACUCAGCUGUGGUUUCAUGGUCGUAUUUCACGAGAGGAGUCCCACAAGUUGAUCCAUCAGCAGGGCAGAGUGGAUGGAAUGUUUCUUUUGAGGGACAGCCAGAGCAAUCCCAAGGCGUUUGUACUUACACUGUGUCACCAUCAGAAAAUCAAACAUUUCCAGAUUUUACCGUGUGAAGAAGACGGUCAAAUGUUUUUGAGCCUCGACGAUGGCGCCACUAAAUUCACGGACCUGAUCCAGUUGGUGGAGUUCUACAUGCUGAACAGAGGAGUUCUGCCUUGCAAACUUAAACACCCUUGCACCACCGUGGCCUUAUGACCUCCAUAUGCCUGAUUCCGCCUAAAGACACUAAAACACUUAAGACGGCGUGUGCUGUGGUGUAAUGCUGUGCUGCUGGGCUGGAGAAAAGCACACUGCGAGAGCCCCUCUCUGUCAAGGAGAGAGAAAAUCAAAACAACAAACACAAACAGGAACAGCAAGAAAUAAAGGAAAUAAAGCUUGUGUGUUAGCUGCUGAUGAACCUCUCAGACACCUGCACACUCGACCGUGGCCAGAGCAGGUUCUCAGGACAAUCAUCCGGAGGGAGUUUUCAGGAUCCGCAGUCUGAAUUGUGCAGAUGCGACAGUGGAUUGGGAAGACCAGCAGAACAUUCUUAAAUUGCAUAUUUGAUUUUAUUUUGCACUCAUGAACCAGGAACAAACAAGCUAUGGCAAUUGUUGCUUUCAUAAAUUAAGCAGGUUUGAUUCUACAAUGUCCUGUGAGAUGUGGACAGCCGACUGGUGGAUUCAGUACUGUGAAAAGACUUUUCCGUUAAAAUUGUGCUUUCUAUCCUUUUCACCUGUAAUCAUUAGAAUAUUUAGACAUACUGUUUUUUUUUUUUUUUAAAUGUGCUCAUCGUCUUGAGCACAGAACUCUCAUGCAUAAAUGCAUUUGGCCUUUUUUUUGUUUUUUCUUCUCCAGUUUAGUUCUUCCCCAUCACAAAACAUAACCUGCAGCACUCUCUACUGGCCAUUCCAAGAAGUAACGUGUGACCCCUUCAAGGAAUAGUUAACCUCAGAAAAUUAAAUUGGGUCAUUUACCUACCCUACUGUUGUACCAAAACCAUAUGACAGUCUUUUCCAUAAAAUGCAGAAGGAAAAAUUUGUAUUUGUCAUAUUAACUAUAUUUCAUAGACAGUUCAUAGAGACCACGGCUGUCAGUUUACAAAAAGGACAAAAAAAAACAUCAUGAAAGUAUUAAAUGCGACUUUUGAAGCCCUACGACAAUGUCGUAUUCAAGACCAGCUCAUUUGAGUUCAGGCCGAGACUUGGGUAGGUUGAGUUUGAGUCAAGACCAAGACCUGAAGAGGGCUGAGUCUGAGUCAAGACAGAGACCAGAAGAGAGUUGAGUCUGAGUCAAGACCAAAUGCUCCCAAGACCAAGAUCGUGAAAAUAUGAGUCUGGUCUUGAUUUUAACAUUCUUCUCCUCCAGCCAAGCUUGUGUCUAGCCUACUUUCGCUUCCAGAGUAAAGAAAUGGUGAUAAUGAUUCUUCAACAAAACAGAAAUGAGUUUGUGAAGGACAUAAAGGUGAAAGAAAUAAUGCCCACAUUUUGUUUUUGAGUGAACUAUUUCUUUAAACAUGAGUAAACAUGGCCUGACAUCUUCACCACAUCCUUUAGGAACGGUGCCUUGAUUUUUAAGAGUCUGUUGAGUUCAGAGAAGAAUAACCACUAAAACCCUCUGCUGGGAACUUCGCCGUAGGUCGCAGUCUAUCAGGAGCUAGAUCAACAAGCUGGAAUCUUUAUAACUGCUGUCAUCUUCAGUCCCAGGUCCAGUCCGUUUUGUUGUUUCUGUUUUUCUCUCCAUGUUUCGAAAGAUUGUUUCAAGGACAGCACACUGUGAAGCCCGGGCUAAGAACACCCACAGAACGGCGGGGUUCAAAUUUCUAAUCUGCCUUGUCCAUGGUACAACGGAUGUGUAAAAAAACAUUUUUCUGUACUUGUGAUGCAAUGUAAAGAAAGAGCCAUGUUUUUAGUAUGUACCUAUAUUGUAUUAAACUAGAUUGAGAGGGCAUAGCCACCAUGUCUCCAAGUUCACCCAGAGACCAGUACAUAGAUAAAUGCAAAUGACACAAUCAUUUUUAAGCAUUGCUUCAACAAAUUUAUUUAUUUAUCUGGAUUUGAUUACUUGAAAUUUAGUUUCGUUUUUUCUCAGCGCUGUUCGAUACUAUUCUUCCACAUUUUUGUGAUUUUUUCGGACCUCAAUUAACAGGACCCCCUUUCUUGAAACUUUUAACACUAAUUCUUCAUCAGUAUCCCAAUCUAGAACACCAUUUUCGUGGAUCUUAUGGUAGACAUACAGUACAGUCUGUUCAGUGGGUUGUACUGUUGCGUUACGUUGCUUUCAAUCGUUAAUCCGACAGUGCAACCCUUGAACAGAAUAUUGUACAUAUAUCCCUGACAGCUUUAUUUCCAUUCACGUUAUUUGAAUUAUGGCGUCUACACGAUUAAGGUCUAUCCCUAGCAAAUUUCCAUAUUGUUGUGAGUAGUUUUAACUGUCACAAAGUAAUAUUAAGCUUUCUUUCAUAGUUCAUAGAUGUAUUCUAAGUUAUAUAUAAUUCAUGUCGGUUCAGUUAAGUAAGGUAUAAUGUACAAUCAGCCGACUUUUAUCACAAAUAAAUAAAUAAAUACAAUAAAAAAAAUCUCAAAUCUCUUUAAUUUGCAAUAGUAACCGGCUUACUGUACAUUAUGCCACUUAUUACACGGUAUCAAAACUAUUUGAUUGCAUGACAUGGAAGAGAUUGGCCAAUCAGAAUCAAGAAACCAUGUAAUAAGGAUAUGAUCAGUCUUUGUAAGAUCAGGUAGUACUUAGACCUCAAUGAUCAAUGAUUUAACCACAGAAAUAGACUGCAGGGCUUAAAUCAGCGCUAUUAUUAUUCACUUGAAUGUCUUUCUCAGUGUCAGUUAAGUUAAUUCAAGCCUUGUUUGAGGUUGAGUGUGUGUCAUUGUUGAUUUAGCUGCAGUUUGGGUGGGUCUUACAUUCACCAAAAGACACAAGCACAUAAAUGCAUACACACACAAGCUUUGACAUUAUUGUCCUUAUUUUUCAGGGUUUGAUAAGUGAAGCUAUACAAUCAGCCAGCCAAGGACUAAACUAACUUUCAGUUACGAAGCUGAUUGGAUAACGUAUUCUGCAACCAGUUUCAAUGUACUCUAUUUCUAGUGUAUCAGUAUAUCAGGAUGUUUCUGCCUGGUUCAGACAGAUGGAUGUAAUGAGUUGAGAGGGUAUAGGGUUUUUUUUUUCUGAAAUCAUUUAACAAGUGAAAGCAUGAUUUUUGAAUUUUGCCAGAGAGGAAGUUGUAGGUUACCUAAAAACUAGUUCACUAUAUGUUACUGGUGAAUCACCUGUGUGAGUAAAGUUGAUCUGUAGGUAGUCUGAGUACCAUUAGCGCUUAACUUACCUGUCAAUCAGUUGGCCGUUCAGUCUAAAGUGAGCAGAAUGUCUGUUCACAAUCCAAAUAGUUGGGGUGUCAUUUCUGUGUUAACACCGUAAUACAUUACAAUCACGUUGUCCAUACAAAUGUAUUUCAUUUGCAGCAUUGUAUUGUUUUUUUAAUAUAUCAUGUAACAUGCAGCUCAGCAGGACACUAUAGUUACACUCCAUUCAUGUACAACUAACUCAAGUUUGUAGAUACCACACUGAAUUUUUGGAUGCAGAUUUUUUUUUUUUUUUUUUUUUUUUUUUUUUUUCCUCCACAAUGGCAUAUACAAUGAAGAAACUUGACUUAUUUUAGUGCAGUUUUAUUAUUUGGUUAAGUGUGUAAAUAUUGAAUCUAUUUUAUUUUAUGUUGCUUUGUCAUGCUAAUUGACCUUACAGAAUAUGUUAUGUUUGCAUUGAGCUGACAGGAAACUGGACUUUGAACUCUUUUAGUCAUUGAAGGUCAUUAUUAAGCUAAAUUGCUGUUUUAAAAACUCACUUAUUCUCACAAAUACUCUUAUUAUGAAAACGCUAACAAAUUUAUGCCUUGUAGAUAUUGUAGAAAUGUUUCUUUAAUAUGAAUCAAAGACGGAAUUUCUUUGCAUUUUCCCCAGUGUUGUUGAAAGGAGCUGGUAGCAGCAUUUGCGAAAUGUGUGAUCUGUUGAGAGUUUAUCAUGAAAGAAAUAAAUGUCAUUUUUAUAUUUAAAAGAAAUGAAUGUAACUGGGUUGCUCAGGGUUGAAGUGGAGGCUGUUUAAAAAUGGUCCUGUGGACCACCAAGACUUCUCUGUAUUUUUCUUUUUAUUAAACUAACAGUGUACUUCUUUUUAUUGAGUCUUUGACCACACCAGA